CUGACCAUGGUUGUUGGUGCCAGAUGGGUUCAUCUAACCUGCUGGGAUUUUCCUACACAAUCAUCUCUAGGAUUCACAAAGAAUGCUCCAAAAAACAGAAAAUGUCCAGUGGGCAGCAGUUAUCUGGGUGAAAAUGGCAGAAGUCACAGGAGAACGGCCAAAUAACCCCUCGUUACGACCAAAGGAUGCAGAAGAGUAUCACACAUUCAACCUUAAAGUAGAUGGGCUACAUUAGCAGAAGAUCACAUCAGGUGCCAGUGCUGUCAGCUAAGAGCAAUAACCUCAGGUUGAUUUUCCAAUGGGCUCACUGAAAUUAGAAAGUGGACGGCUGGAGAAGUGUUUUCUGAUCCGAGUCUUGAUUUCUGCCCUGACAUUUAGAUGGUAGGAUCACAAUUUGAGGUAAACCAUCUCUGCAUUCUUAGUACCAACUGAGCAUUGUUAAAACCACAUCCUACCAACUAUGGUCCGUGCAGACACCAGAAGUAUGUUUUUUCUCAUAUCUGAUAAGUGUUUUUUCUUUAUUUUUUCAUUUUUUAAUGACUUUGCCAAUCAGUUUGUUUGUGUUGAUCAGUGUUUUUAAAAGCACAAAUGUGUUGAGGUCCCAGGGGACCCAAUCCAAAGCAUCCAAUACUGCAUAUGGACUUUUAAUAAACUGAACAAUUUGUCCCCUUAAUUUUUGCCAUGGAUACUACAUUAACGUAUAAUUAUCAAGGUGGAUAUGAGCACUCUGUCAAUCAUUUUAAAAAAGAAAUAUUCAGUUGACAUAAUAAUAUAUUUCUUUCUUUAAAUGACAUUAGUUGCAUAGCUAAUAAUGCUGCUUUGAGAAGAAACAGGUUCAUUCAUUCAUUUUCAUAAACACUAAAAAUAAGAAUCAUCAAGAAGCUUUCAAUGCUUUUACAACCUACAAGGCAUAUACACUGCCCCCGGACCACUGCCGCUAUAAAAAUCAACUGGUAUAUGUAUUAAUCCAAGAAGAAAAGGAGAAAAAACUAGCGCCUGAAAAAUGCUAUUGUAAGAAAUUGUACAAUAGAUAAACUAUCAAUACGUACCUAUGAGGAAACUGUUAGCCUUGAUCUGGGGCAGGAAAGGAAAAUCCUUGAAUUCCGAGAGAAAUUGUUGGAUUUAUUCUGUUAUAUUGAAAAAAUAUGGUUUUAUAUGAUAAUAACAGUGUAAUUUUACAGGUUAUUUUAAUCAUUUCCAACACUUUGUGAAAGCAGAUAUGUACUAAAGUCUUGAAUAAAACAUUCACUUCAGGUAACACCCACCUGAGCACACACAAAGCAUGUGUCAGUGUGUUUUAUGGUUGGGCCACGUUUAAUUAUUUACUCCUAUCUUUCUCAGGCCAUACCGGUGUUGAUUACCCCCUCACUGAGCUGCCCUCGCUCUUCAGCUCCACACCCAAUCUAACUCUCAUUUCUUUCAGAGGUUGUGGGACUUUUUCAGAGAGAUUUAAGGCCUGCAGACCUUCUCUGGAUUCAAUUCACAGUUGCACUAUUCUGGAUAUAAACAUGUCAGGAAUGAAUAGUGAUCAGCUGCAUCGCUCCACCUUAGGGAUUUACUCGAGCUUGAUUAAUGAGUUCAACCCAGGCCUACAGAAACUGGUUUCACUGGGGAACAGUUACAUCCAAGCCUUCAAGACUCUUGCUGCGACAAGUGACGCUUACUUCAGCGCACUUUCAAAGAUUGGGGAGAGAGCUUUCCACACGGCAUCAUCACGCUCCAUAGGAGAUGUCCUGAUUCAGGUUUCUGAGAGCCAGCGAAGACUCACCUUAGAACUGGAGGGAUUAUUCCGCUGGUUCAGUUUGGAGGUUCUUGACUCCAUGGAAAAAAAUGUCAGAUUAGACAGAGAUUACUUAUUGGGCAGCAGGGAAACGUAUGAAAUGCAACUCCGCAGCCAGGCAGCAGCUCUGGAGAGUCUGAACAGGAGACCCAGCCAGGCGUAUCCUCAGGGUGGUAGUGAGUAUGUGGACUUCCUCAGGGAGAGCCAUAACCAGGCUCUGCAGGAGGAAGAGAGAAGAUACCGCUUCCUGGCAGAAAAGCACUGUGGCCUGAUAGAGUCCUUCACCAAACUCAUGAAUAAGAACGGGGUUACUCUCCAGCAGAAAGCUGCUGCCUGGACAGAAGAGGUUGAUGCCACCAGACAACCGGAGGCCCAAAGACCUUCAACUUUGGACAACAUUGUGGGGAAUGAGGGAGGAGGUAGGGAGAUCAGAAGGAGCAGAGACGAGAUGCCCCUCGGCAAAAUACCAUCAAGAGCCCCGUCUCCACAGGGAAGCGUUUUUCGCUUCGGAGCAGACUCAGCAGGAGGUGGUGGUGGUGGUGGAGGACGAGUCAUGAAGGCCCGGGUGGCCCACCAGCCUGUUGGCUCCAACCCCACCUUGCUGUCCUUCAAUAGGGGACAGAUAAUUAAUGUGCUGGUCCAACAGCCCAGGAACGGCUGGCUGUUUGGACGUGCCGACAACAGCCCACGUCAAGGAUGGUUUCCAGCCUCAUUUGUGGAAGCAGUGGACGAUCCACCAGUGUCACCCACCCCCAGUAGAGCAACUCUCAGGAGCAACAGCAGCAUGAACAGCCUGCCCGACCAUCCAAGAGUCAGCAGUCAGAGUGGGGCUGCGCCUCCUCCUCCACCACCGCCGCCACCGCAGUCACCAUCUUUGAAUAAACCACAUUCGCAGUCUAUGAAUAAGGCACCACCUAUGAAUUCAAACAUGUCUAAUUCAGAAAAUAAGAGAUCGCAAGUGAAUGACUCCCGACCGCAGCUUUUCCCAAAGGGUACCAAUCCGUUCGCCACGGUUAAGCUGAAGCCCACGUCCACCAAUGACCGAUCGGCUCCACGUUUAUAUCGAAGAUGACAUCGUGACCCUGAAAUAAAUGCUUUUAUUAGGCUUAGCAGUUCGUUCUUGACCUUGGCAGUAUAUACUGUUAAAUUCUGAGGUAAAAUCGAGUCGUUUUUCCCCCCUUUGUCACACAAAAUGGGACAAAGAAGAAACAAGUCUGAAUAAGGACUUGAGGUGUGUAUUUAUGUCAGAUCUUUUUAAACUUGCAUUAAAUGAUUUGUAAAAUAGUAAGAAUGAAUCACUGUAACACAAACCAGUGGGUGCAUUGAUCACAACGGGUCUUAAAUCAUCAUUCCUCUCCUGUGACGUUUACGUCUUUCUGCCAAGAGAUGACAUGCGAACGCUUUUAACUUUGUCCUUUUUGGAAAUAACUAAUCGCUGUCUGUGACAUGUAUAUAAUGUACAGCUGAUGUUAGGAAUCAGAGCCAAGACUGUGUUAAUGUAAAGUGUAUCUUUCAUUAUGUAGGAUAACUCAGGGAGGGUGCUCGAUGCCAUGCAGCUGCUUUAAUUAUCUUUUUUUUUAUGUUUUUAUAUUGCACCUUCACCAUCUUCCUCCACAUGUUCAACGUGUGAUAUUAAGUCCAUUGCUAAAUAUUAAUUGUACUUCAAAUGUACUUUAGAAAAUGAUGAUAUAACCGCAGGCACCUAAUGUAAUAUUUUAUAAAAAUAGGAUGAUGUGCCUGAGAUGGAAUGUACUGAAUAAUGUAAUGUAUUAAAGGAUAAUGUAAUACCACCUUAAUAGCAUCGCAUUGUUACUUUACCAAGUGUGUUUCA